AAAUCUGCCAGCUCUUCGUUGUACUUUGAUGGAUUUGCUUCACAAGUCACAACCAGUGGGGCUUUGACCCUAAGUUUAAUUAACCCUAGGCUUCUUACUUCCCACAGACCACAGACCACAACAAGCUUUAUUCAUAAUUAGCACUCUGAUCGAAAACGUCACGAUAUAGUUUCGAUUACGUCCCUGAACGAGUUUGAAUUUCGAAUAUCUCAAAAUUACCACUGAGGUUUUUCGAGUACAGAUUCGAUCAAGUAUUUUUAUAUGAUUAGUUUGUAAACACUGCUACACCCUUACGGGUCAUGUGUGCUGAAAAUAGCACUUAUUACAUAAUGGAAAUCUUUAUGUGAAACUGAUCGUACAAAAAACGUUUCUAUUCAUUGUAAUCCAAUGUUAACUGAUUGAAAGGCUAGUUAUGAAGACAUUUUUCAAGCCAGACAGAUGCAUACUAGACCAUAGGAGAUGGAUGAGGAAGAUUUAGUUGAUGUUAAGAUUCCACCUCCUGAUGAUGGCAGUGAUAGUGAGAGUGAGAAGGACCAUAAAGAUUGUUUACUGGAGGAGAAGAGAAGAGACAGUGAUCCAGGAAUUAAGCCUUCACCUAUGCCUGGGGUCAAUCUUCUCUCUAGAUUUGUAACAUUUUGGUGGUUAAACCCUCUCUUAUCUCUUGGAAGUAAAAGACCCCUUGAAGCAGAAGAUUUUUAUGGGCUUAGAUCACAUGAUUCAACUGCAGUAGUUGGAGAUCAACUUCAAAGGGAGUGGGAGAAGGAAAAAUACAAUGCAGACGAAAAAGGAAGAACUCCAAGCCUUCUGCGAGCUGUUAUCAGGGCAUUUGGAAAAGGCUAUAUAGCUCUUGGUAUUUUGGCAAUAAUCACUGACACAUUAAGGAUAGUUCAGCCCAUCUUCCUUGGCUUCCUUAUAACCUAUUUCAACCAAAAAACCACUACAACACAGACACAAGCCUUCCUGUAUGCAUUGGGAGUUUGUGUAUGCAGCAUCUUGUCCAGUUUUUUGAUGACACCAUUCACAUUCCUACGACAGUGCUAUGGCAUGAGAGUAAGGAUUGCCUGCACAUCUCUUGUGUACAACAAGGUGUUGAGACUAAGCAGUGCAGCACUGGCAAGUACAACCACUGGCAACAUUGUAAACCUGGUUUCUUCUGACACUCAGAAGUUUGACUGGGCUUGUUUCUUCCUCCACUACCUGAUACUUGGGCCAGUAGAAGCACUUGCUGUACUUGGACUUCUGUGGAGAGAGAUUGGUGCCUCAUCUCUUGCUGGCAUGGGGCUUUUGUUUAUUUUGGUUCCCAUGCAAAUUAAAAUGGGUGAUGCUCUCAUGUAUUUCAGGCGUCAAGUUUCCCGUUUAAUCGAUGAGCGUGUGAAAGUGAUGAAUGAAGUAAUUAGUGGUAUGCGAGUGAUUAAAUUGUAUACUUGGGAGGAUUCAAUAACUCAGCGGAUCAGCAAAAUAAGGAUCUCUGAGCUUUCCUGGUUUCGCAAGCUGGCCUAUGUACGUGGUGCAUUUAUGUCAUUCUUCUUCAGUUCUUCAGUGUUGGUUACUUUUGUGACAUUCAUGACCUAUGUGUUAACUGGUGAAAUUUUAACUGCCCAGAAGGUCUUCACUUGUCUAUCACUAUUCAACUCUGUUCGCUUAGUAAUGGCACUGUUUUUUCCUGUUGCCAUUACUCUCAUGAAUGAAGGAAGAGUCUCUAUUGAGCGAAUUCAAAAACUACUACUUCUAGAUGAGUUACACUCUCCGGGAUUGACAACAUCAAACUUGAGGCCUAAACCUCAAGACUGUGGCAUUAAAGCCGAAAAUAUAUAUGCUAGCUGGAGUAAGGAACAGAAGCCGACCCUCAGCAAUCUUAGCUUUGAAGUUGCACCGGGUGAACUACUAGCAAUUAUUGGACCAGUUGGUUCUGGAAAGACUUCUCUUCUGUUGUCUAUUUUGGGGGAACUACCUAUGUCUGAAGGCCAAAUUACUGUGAGGGGCAAAAUUGGUUAUGCAUCACAGCAGGCUUGGAUUUAUAAUGGCUCAUUACGGCAAAACAUUAUCUUUGGAGGUGAAUAUGAAGAGGGCAGGUACUAUGAAGUGAUCAAGACUUGUGCACUGCAAAAGGAUAUUGACUUGUUAGCUGAAGGUGACAUGACUCUUGUUGGAGAACGAGGUGUCUCCCUGAGUGGAGGGCAAAGGGCAAGAGUAAAUUUGGCAAGGGCUGUGUAUGCUGAUGCUGAUAUUUAUCUUAUGGAUGAUCCCCUCAGUGCUGUAGAUGCAGAUGUUGGAAGACAUUUGUUUGAUAAGUGCAUCUGUGGUUAUUUGUCAAGCAAACCUCGUAUCUUGGUUACCCAUCAGCUGCAGUAUUUGAAGGAGGCUGACGAGCUGCUAGUCCUGUCAGACGGUGAAUGCAUUGGCCAGGGCACAUAUCAAGAUCUUUCUAAAUCUGGCAUUGACUUCAUGGCACUACUAAUUGAGGAAGACGAAGAUGAUUCUGCCAUCGAAUCUGAUGACGAACCAAAUCAAAUGGAGCGUAAAAUGAAACGAACAUUAAGUCGCCUUCACAGUCAUAGUCUUUCUCUGGCUCGUGCGGACAGUGUGCAGUCACGCUCCUCUCACAGGACAAGCCUCCUGAUGGAAAGUCAGUUAUCAAUUUUAACCUCAGAAACUGAAAUCUCCAUUUUUGACGAGGAUAUCCUUCCCAAAGAAACUAAGCAAGAGGGAGCCGUCACUAGGGAUACGUAUCUUCAGUAUUUCAAGUCUUUGCAUAGCCUGGCAGCUUCUAUGUUUGUUCUAUUUUUGUUUGCAGUAACGCAGGUCGUUUUUAUGAUGGCCGAUGUGUGGUUAUCUUAUUGGUGUAAUGAGGAGGAAGAGUAUUUACUUGCAACACUUGAUACAAAUAAUAGCACCAGCUCCAGUGAAGUGCAAGAACUGGACCGUGAUCUUUAUCUUGGCGUUUACGCUGUCUUUGUGAUUUGCCUGCUGUUGUUUACAUUGCUAAGGACGCAGCUUUUCUUUAAACUGACCAUUGUAGCCUCAAGGAAGCUUCACCUGAGGAUGUUUAGUGCUCUCUUGCGGGCGCCAUCUUAUUUUUUCGACACUAACUCCAUAGGUCGUAUUUUAAACAGAUUUUCCAAAGAUAUGGGAUUUGUUGACGACAUGAUGCCGUUCACAUACUGUGAUUUUUUGCAGACCUUGUUUGUUGUUGUUGGCAUUUUGGCGUUAGUGGCCGGUAACAAUCCUAUCACAUUUGUUGUUGUUGUUCCUGUUGUCAUCAUCUUCUGGAUUUUGAGAACUUACUACAUGAAAACAUCUCGAGAAGUAAAAAGAAUCGAAGGAAUAAGCCGUAGCCCAUUAUUUGGUCAUUUUUCUACCACUCUGCUUGGCCUGGACACUAUUCGUGCAUUCGGUGUGGAGGAGGUGUUCACGGAUCAAAUGAACUCUUACCAAGACGCACACACCAGAGCCUGGUUCACGUUUAUCUCUACUUCAGCCUGGCUCUCCUACAGGCUUGAUAUACUCUGUGUCAUCUUCAUUUCCUUUGUGGCAUUAGUUUCUCCUGCUUUGAAAUCAUCCUUGAGUGCUGGUGUGGUUGGUCUUACGCUGAGCUAUGCCAUCAAGAUAUCAGGAGUGUUUCAGCAGUGCGUCAAACAAAGUGCAGAAGUCGAAAAUUUGAUGACAUCUGUCGAGCGCAUUUUGGAAUACUGCAGCCUUGAACCAGAAGCGCCAAGAGAGACUGAUACUAAACCUCCUGCCGACUGGCCUUCCAAAGGCGAAAUAGAGUUUGAUAAUAUGAGCUUUAAAUAUCACAAAUCUUUACCCCGGGUGCUGCACAGCAUCUCGUGCUGCAUCAAACCACAUGAGAAGAUCGGUGUGGUGGGCCGCACAGGGGCCGGGAAGUCUUCAUUACUAUCAACUUUGUUCCGCUUGGCAGAACCAACCGGAGCUAUAAAUAUCGAUGGUGUCAACAUACAGCAAAUAGGGUUGAAAGACCUGAGGAGUAAACUGUCUAUCAUCCCACAGGAGCCUGUACUUUUCAGUGGCACCAUGAGAAGAAACAUUGAUCCCUUCAGUGAGCACAGUGAUUUAGAAUUGUGGAGAGUUUUAGAACAGGUGCAGUUGAAAUCUGCCGUCGAAAGCAUGAAGGGCAUGGACACUGAGUUUGCCGAGGCUGGUUCAAACUUCAGCGUGGGACAGCGGCAACUGGUUUGUUUAGCACGCGCCAUUUUGAAGCACAAUAAAAUCCUGGUGAUUGAUGAAGCCACAGCAAACGUAGACCCGAGGACAGAUACUUUAAUCCAGGCCACCAUCCGUGAAAAGUUCAAGAAGUGCACUGUACUAACGAUAGCUCACCGUCUUCACACCAUUAUGGAUUCAGACAGAGUUAUGGUUUUAGACGCAGGAAGGUUAAAAGAAUUCGACGCUCCCUAUACACUCCUGAAAAACCCUCGAUCAACGUUUGCGCAAUUAGUAGCUCAGACAGGACCGCUGGAAUCCAAAAGGCUCUUUGAAAUAGCUCGCCAAAAAUAUUAUUCAAAGAAGGCCAUACCGGAAACACAGGAGGAGGAGUUUGUGGAUGGGUUCCAGUCUCCCACUGCAGUAAGCCUGAUUGUCCCUAAUGGGACUGUUAACGAACGCCAACCUGAACUUCAGUUCGAGUCAACUGUUUGAUUUAAAUAUUAAACGCCUACUUUAUCGUACAUAUACAGUAACACAGAACAUGAAUAUACUAUUCUCUGAACUCUGUCGACUAUAAAUUACACCAUUUCAUUUUUUUAAUCAUCACGUUUAAGAUUUAACACAUUUAAUCUAUAAGUAAUAUAUAAGCCAACCAGUUAUAAAUAGAUUAAUAGUGAUUAAUCAGAUAUUGUUGAUUGGAUAUCAGUUCAGUUCCUAACAAACCCAUUUACUUGAAAAACCAGAAAGAAACGCUCCUCCUACUCCCCCAAAGUGUAAAGAUGUGGAAUGUUUUCGGAUUCUUUUUGUAGUAUUCUCUCUCUGUCUCCAAAUCAGCUCAUAGGUAUUUGUAAGCAGUUGAAGCAGUUUUCAAUUGAGCGUCGUAAAACCAAGACCAAAGUUAUCACUUUAGCCAAUCGCAGAGGACACGGAAAAUCCAGUGAACCAAUCAAAGUUCGAAGUAAUUACGUGUAGCUGACGCAAAGCGCGGGAAAACGCGUGCGAUUGAGUAACUAUUGGAUUUGGCUUUACUUCUGAUUGGAUGAAAAAGUGGCGCGAGUUUUUAAGCCAAUCAUAUAGUUAGGCAAAACCAAUUACUUUUCGACACUCAAAUGAAAAACGCUCUGUUGUAGAUCGAAUAUUUUGCCUCAAUUGAAAAUCAGAAGAAAACUGUAAGAAAUGUUAGUUUGUUUUGUUCGUUAGUAAAUCUGGAAAAUCCUAUUCAUAGACCAUGCAAACCUUCAUCCCGUGUUAUUUAUAAAUGCAAGUGUUGGAGAGGCAACACACUUGAGCACACGCGGGCUGCAACAUGAAAAUUCGAAACUCACUAGUCAUCCUUAACCAACAAGACAGAAGAACAAAACAACAACAAAGCAACAAUUUCUUGAGGGCAAAAGAUCCUCCUCUGAACCUUGAAGUUUGUUUUUAAUCUAGUCACACUCGGAACAGCUCAUCUUGCAUUCAGUAUGAAUAAGCAACGUGGGUUUUCUCUCCCAACAUUCAAUUUUAGAUGACUAAAUGUUUUAUCGUGUUUAGCCUUUCAUAUUUCAUAUUUUUCCUAUCCGUAGCGAACAUCCCAUUCUACAGAGAUCUCUAUCCUAAAUACUGUACCUGAAAUUGGAUUAGUAUUUUAAUUUAUUUUUAAAUAUGUUUUUUAAAAAAAUAUGCGAGAGUUCUAGACUUAUACGAACCUAUAGAAAUGAGUAGAUCAUUGACUGAUAUGAUUAUUUCUCA